AUGGAAAAUAGUGAUCCCGCAUCAGCAUCCAAACCAAUUCGCUAUAAAAAAAAAGAAAAUGGAAAAAUUCGCUACGUUUUUGUCGAUCAAGAUAAAUUUCAAAACUUACCGUUAUUUCCAACCACAUUGACGGAACGUAAACCAGGCGGAAAGGUUUAUUCUUCCAUGAAAUCUGGUUCUAUUUCUACUCAAGCUUUGACUCUUCCACCUUCAAUCUUAAAAAAAGGACAGUCUCAACCGAAGAAGAAAUCUUCUGUAGUAUCGACUACCUCAAAUUUAUCCAGAUUACCAGAUCAACGUUCCAAUUCACCGACGAUGUCCGAUGUAAGUUAUUCGUCCUCGAAUUAUUCAAAAGCAAAUUCGAAACAAUUUACCAAUUUGUCACCAACAACGAACGUUCAGAAAGAGCAAAGUAAGAGGAAAAAGGUGAAAGCUGACAUAUGA